UAACGUCAAAUUAGAAACAGCUUGAGUAUUUUACAAUUUAAAAUUGUUGUUAUCAAAAUAAACAAUUUUAAAAUGUUAUCACAGUUUACUUCCGUUGAAUAAAUUAGUUAAAUAUAUUUUUCGGAACAUGGUGCUAAAGGUAUGAGUUGUAAAUUUGUAUAAAAUCGUCAAAAUAUGGAAACCACUCCAGACCAUUCACUUGAAGAACAUCCCACAGGGGAACGUUGGGACCCUUUGGGUGCACCCAACGAUGAAGACGACGAUUUCGACUUUGAUAAAAUGAGUUUUGCUUGUGACGAACAGCACCAAUAUGCUGUUGAAAAGAUUCGUACCAUGGAAGACGAACAAGAACUGUUAAAUUCUUCAUUAUUUGCUUUGACUACUCAUUUUGCCCAGGUUCAAUUUAGGUUGAGGCAGGUUGUAAAUUCGCCAAUUGAGGAUAGAGAAGAGCUUCUAAAAUCUUUGGAAGAAUUUGCAUUUAGGGGCAUUCCUGAUGUAGGCUUAGUGAAGGAAAAGAUGGAUGAAGCCAGUUUAGCUGAAGCAGUAAGAUUACGACGUACACAGCAGCGUGAACUUAUUGAUAGGCUUAAGGGUCAGUUAAGAGAAUUGGAGCAAUAUGCUUUUGAAAAUGGUGAGGCUGGGAUACCACAAGAUGUUCUUUUGGAGAGACAAAGAGUUAUUUUAAAUGAAUUGAAAACAAGAAUGAAUCUAGAAUUAGAUGAACAAGACUAUCACCAAAUGACUCCAGAAUGUGUAAAGCAACAAAUAAAUCUGGCAUUAGACCAACUGAUAAGUCCUUUAAAAGUCAAGGAACAUUUAGUAGCUCAAUUAAAAACACAAGUGGCUGAUUUGGAGCGAUUUAUCAGUUAUUUACAAAAUGAUGGAAGCAAGCAUAAAAAAUGCAGUUGUGGUUGUGCAUAUCAUUCAGUCAAAAAACCAUUUCGUAGUGAAACAACACUAGGAUUGAUUCAAAAAACUGCAACAAUUUUACAGAUGUUUGCUGUGAUGCAACUGGGUUGUGGAGUAAAAUCUAGUUUUCGAAAAAAUGAUUUAAAAAAUUCUACAAAAAUAAACCAUUGGGGGGACUUAAGAGCAAAGUUAGAAAUGGCUAUAGGUAGAGUGAGAGAACUAGCAGUGGCCAAUAAUGACCAACAGUUUGUUUCCCAUCAAAAUCAAGGUGAUUAUGCAAGUGAUGCAGAAAGUCAACCUACAUAUUGCAACAUUCAACUUACAACAGCGGUCAGAAAGUACUUGGCCCCUUGUAUUAGAGAUCUUAUUCAACAUGGUUCAUGUGUAACUCAGAGUACCAGUCUAGUUCCUUUUAUAGGAUGUUUUCCAAGAAGAAAUUCACUUUUAAAUACUCAGAUCCAUGCUUGGGAGAUAAUUUUAGAAUACUAUGAUCUCAAAAAUGGCGAAAAGUAUAAUUCAACACCAGCAAGAAAGUUGUCUCAAAGUUUUAAUUUGGAUAUAGCAGGAGCUUCACCUAAUAGUAAUAAGCACAAUAUGCUGUGUGCAAUUGGGAGUAUUAUUUCCACACAUACCCCUUAUAAAAGGAGCUUAGAUUCUCACUUCAAAGCUUUUAUAUGUGCUGCUUUAAAUGCAAAUAAACUUGUUCCUUGGCUGAAUCUUCUUUUCACAUGUAAUCAGCUUGUAAAAGAACAUUAUCUCUCCUGGAGUUAUGUCAGCAAAACUGGGUUCCAGGACAGCCUGAAAAGUCUGGAUGUCUUGACAAAAUAUAAGUUUGACUUGCCAGUGGAUUUGGCUGUUAGGCAAUUUCAAAACAUUAAAGAUGUCUUCACUUGAUUAAUAAGACUGUAUUGUACUAGUGCUAGUCAUUCCUUCAGUUAUGUUCCUAUUUAAGAUUUAUUUGUUAUUAAUUUAAUUUGUUUAUUUCUUUCCUUGUUAAUUAUGGCAUUAUAAAUAAUGUAUAAACAUAAUGUACAUUCCUGUAGUUGAGGUUUAUGUUAUCAACACCAAUUUAAUUAAUUGAAGUGCUCCUUAAUAUUAAUUGUUUUGUGUUUUAUGUUAAUAAUAAAAUGUAAAUCCAUU